AUGGCGCCCGAACCGCAACCCGAGCCUCCCGCACAAGCCGAAGCGGCCCCGCAAGAAGCAGAGCAACAGCAAACAGGACAACCCCCCGCGAGCCCUCCCCUCCCUCAGCGCCACACAGCCGUAUCCCCUGGUCCCCGCGCAGCGCGCCUCCAAGAGCUCUAUGCGCGAUCGCUGAAAAAGACACUGGGAAAGGCAGGCUGGCAGAAUGUCGCGGGGUGCUACCCUACUAUCGCGAAGAGGGCGGAGGGUGUGCUAAGGCAGGUCCAGGGACAGAUGGUUGAUAAGUUGAGCGAGAAGUGCGAGAAAGAGUUUGAGAAUAUCAUGGUUUCGAGACAGGUAGUCCCCAAACUGAACGAUCUCGAGAGUCUCAUUAGUGAUGCAUCGCGGCGACGAGCGGAAUCGACGACAGAAACACCAACACCACCUCAUAUGCUCCCUCCACCGACCAUCCUCGCCGCCCAUCUCACGCCUACUCUCACAGCACACCAAUCGCAGCUUAAUGCACGCCUACAAACGACACAAUCACAAAACGCCUUGUUAUACGAUGAAGUACAACGUCAAAGAGAAGAGAUUCGAGCUUUACUUGAUACUCUGGAGGCUGUGGUAGCUGACGUUAAGGGCGCAAAUGACGCGCUGCGCCCGGUUGUAGGCGAUGUUGCUGCCGAGACGAGACAGGGAAUAACGGCUGUUGAAGCUGCAAAUGGAGGAGGGCAGGGACAACAUGGAGCGGCGACUUGA